AGACGUCUUGGCGAACGCGCGCGAAAGUUGCAUUUGAACCCGCGCCAUUACAAACGUCAUCCCGACUUAUAUAUUUAAUUUUAAAACAGGAUAACGCAAAGGUGGAUUAGUAAAAUAUUUGUGGAAUUUUAUUAUUUUUUUAAUCCAGUGAAUUUAGUUCUCAUAGUGGGGUGACAGUGCAUGUGUUAGUGACUUUCGCCGCCUGUUUGUCUGGGAUACGAUGAUGUUCACACGUAAUAUAAAGCUAUGGCUGUGCGUGGCUUGUCUGGCGUCUUCCCUGGCAGCUCCAGCUCCGUCACAGGGCCCCCAACUAUACUUGGAUAUUAUCGACAUGGCCGCCAUCAGCAGGAUGUCACCACAACAACUCGAAGCCCUGGCAGAGGGUCUAGCAGCUGAAGAAAUUAUGAGGACAAAACGGUCGUCAGCCCAAGCGCUAACGUCAGUGGUGUCCAAAGCAUCAUCAGGGCUUCAAAGCAAAGUGGGACUGCUGGGCCAAGCGUCUGCCUUCAUCGCGUCAGCCUCCAGUAAGAGCGGAGGACACGGGGAGGAGAGCCAUGGAUACAAUUACGAACCGCAUCAAGAAGACGAGAAGUACGACUACUGGGGUCUGAAGAAAUCUAUCCUGUACACUCUGUUCCAAGCCGUGAAAGCCAUAACUGGAGGAGUGACGAUACUGAAGGGCCAGCUCAUCAAGGGAGGCGGAGCGCUCGCUGCCACGCUGGGCAAGGUGAUCUCAAGCAAGGGAGACGCCUGUGAUUACAACCCAGUUUGUUUUAAAAAAAAAGAUUUGCCUCACACUAAAUUUUUCUCCUGUGUCGUGGCGACAGCAGUGUACGGGCCCCCGCCGACCGCUCAUUUAGAGUACGGGCCCCCGACCGCGUAUGGCACGCCCACUGCUCCGGCGCACUUCACAGCUCCUUCCGUGCCCACUGGAUAUGCAGCACACAAAUAUCCCUCGCAACUAGACGGGUACCACGAUCCACCUCAUCCUCAUCGGGAUGAACCACAGUUUUACAAGCGUUUAGGCCGGGGUAAACUGAACGGCGUCCACGCCGGCCUCGUCAUACUGACCCCGCUGGGCGACGUAGCGCCGAGCGAGACUCUGGACACUGCGCACACCGAGCACUCCGGCCACACUGGACACACGCCCCUCGACCCUCCUCCCUCUAUCCUCCACACCGUCUACAGCGCCAUCAAAAACGCAUUCACAUCUACUGCCUCCACACUUACUGAGCCUUCGUAUGGUGCUCCAUCUUAUGCACCUCCGUCUGAGCCUUCUUAUGGUGCUCCUUCUUAUGCCCCUGCGUACCCAACCUCUUAUGGCGAAGAUCCAAUAGCUCCAGCAGCACCCGUCGCGUAUCAACCUCCUCCACCACCACAACCUAUUCCAUCCUUCAAACCCAUGUCAUGGGGAGCAGUCAACUCGUACGGUCAGCCCGCCGCCCCGGACUCUUAUAUUGAUUACGACCCUAGAACACCCACACAUGGUUAUAUGGAUUACGCGACACCCAAGCGAUCUGUCGCGCCAACAGUCAAAAAGCAGGGUUUAACACCAGAAAAAAUACAAAAAAUUACUACUAACUUGAAAAAAGUCACAGCUUACAUUAAUAACAGUCAACAAAAAAGAUCAUCUGAAGAGUUCAAACUGACUGAUUUAGAAGCCUACCGCGAAAUGUUAACAAAGGGCGAGAUACCAUUCCUGCCCACACCCGUAGUAUCUGACAACGAGAUUGGCGUGCUCCCUGCGGAAAUACUUGAUCCCCUUCCUUCUGUGGCCACAACCACUAGCACCACCACCACUACCACGAUACCCACCACAAGCACGACUACAGCAAAGCCACAGAUCUCCACAGAACAGACCAGAAGACAAGACGUGAAAUACUAUCUACGAGGCAACAAGAUUGUUCAAGUGCGAUAACAAUGACUCUUGACUGACUGAAGAUAUUCCAGUCCAGCAUACAUUGUUCAAUGCUGAGGAGCUGCAGCACUAUUACCAUCACUAAUUUAACCUAUAAAACUUUUUGGUGAUAAUGUCCUAAGUUUUGUCUUAUUUUUUAUAAAUAACUCAUAUUUUCUAAGCCAAAAGUUCUCUUCGCUGAAUUACAAUAGGUCUUGGAGCCAGAUUAACACAACUUGAACACAGAUUCUCAAAAUGUGGUACAUUAUUUUACUAUUCAACAAUUUAGCACAAGUUUACUUAGUGAUGGUGAUGUUAGAUAUAAGUAAGUCUACCGUGAAAUACCAAAAAUUUUAUUAAAGAAUUUACAAAAAGACUCCGAGUGAAAUUUAAAAAGAAAAGAAAACAAUAAAGAGUGAAUGCGCUAUAAUACACUGAGUUACUCAAGGAUCUUAUGAUCGAAGUAAGUACGAGUACUACCUACAGGACUUUGUUGAUCGAAGUAAAACAUAUUAAUGAGUUAUGUAAUCUUACACUCUUCAAUUCAUGUUCCUGAAUAUGUGCCCAGUGCAAUCGUGCGUUAUUUAUUCUAAUGUAUGUUAGAGUACCUAUAAGGAAGACAGCGAACACCAUUAUAACGGAACGAUUACCGAAAAGAUA